AAAUAAGCUGUCAAGUGUCAAGCCCAAAUUUGAUAUAAUACAAAAUCCAAAUAAUACCCUAGCCCAAAUUCCAGAUUCGGACCACGCUGAGAAUUGAGAUGGAGAUACAUCUGCACCAUUCAUUGUAGUUAGCGAUUAGGAUUGUGUAGGGCCCACUGAGCUCUGGUAAAUUGCAAUCCACCUAUUCUGCGCUAUAUACAUCUCGCUCGAUCCAUAAAACCUCUUUUUAACCUCUCCGUUAUCCUCCCAAAUCUGUUCGCUCCUUAGCCAAGCAAGGGAUCUGCUGCAGCUAUGUCUGAGGAUUUGAAAUCUCCUUCGGCCGCUAAAGAUGGAGAGAAGUCUGAUGCCACCGGACGCAAAGCUCCCCCUCAGUCGUCUUCUACAGAAACCCAACCUGGACAGAGAAGAACAAACCCUGCUUCAGCUGCUGGGAUGCCAAAUCCCUUUGACUUCUCAGCUAUGUCUGGACUGCUUAAUGACCCUAGUAUCAAGGAAUUAGCCCAACAGAUAGCAAAGGAUCCUUCAUUUAAUGAAAUGGCGGAACAGCUACAGAAGACCUUUCAAGGUGCUGGUUCUGGUGCUGAAGAUGGUAUUCCCAACUUUGACACACAGCAGUAUUAUUCGACGAUGCAACAAGUCAUGCAAAAUCCACAGUUCAUGACCAUGGCCGAGAGACUGGGUAGUGCAUUGAUGCAGGAUCCUGCCAUGUCUGGCAUGCUCGAGAGUUUGGCAAACCCAACUAACAAAGAACAACUUGAAGAAAGGAUGUCUCACAUCAAAGAAGAUCCGUCUUUGAAGCCUAUUCUGGAAGAGAUUGAGAAUGGUGGUCCUGCUGCUAUGAUGAGGUACUGGAAUGAUAAGGAGGUCCUUAAGAAGUUAGGGGAAGCAAUGGGGUUUGCUGUCGGUGAAAGUGCUGCGUCUGCAGGUGAUGCUCCUGGUGAAGAUGAGACAGAUGAAGCAAAUGACGAGGAAUCUAUCGUUCAUCAUACUGCCAGUGUUGGUGAUGUGGAGGGCCUGAAGAGUGCUCUGGCUGGUGGUGCUGAUAAAGAUGAAGAGGAUUCUGAAGGAAGGACUGCAUUGCAUUUUGCAUGUGGAUAUGGCGAGGUUAAAUGUGCUCAAGUUCUUCUAGAGGCUGGGGCUAAGGUGGAUGGUUUGGAUAAGAAUAAGAACACUCCCCUCCAUUAUGCUGCCGGUUAUGGUCGAAAGGACUGUGUCGAGCUUUUGUUGAAAAGCGGUGCUGCUGUUACUCUUCAGAAUCUAGAUGGGAAGACACCCAUUGAUGUCGCCAAACUAAAUAACCAAAAGGAGGUGCUAACUUUGCUUGAGAAGGAUGCAUUUCUGUAGAAGUUGAGAGGUUAAAAAGAUUUGAAUCAUACCCUUGCAAUCUUUCCAUAUCAGUGUGUGUGCAGCUCCUCUCGUGUUUUCUCACGAGUUUGUUGCCUUCUGUGUAUUUGCCACAUUUCUGGAUUGUUUUAUUUAAUUACAUAAUCAUGUCUCGUCCAGGAGUUUUUAGCUCUGUGUUUGUAACUUAUUGAUUUUCUCUAUGUUUGCUCUCAAUAAUCAUAUCUUGGUGGAUUUCGAAGGUCAUUUCUGUGUUUUGCUACAGUCAGCAUGUUGUGCUUCGUCUUGUCUUCAAUUUGUUUGUUUUUAUGGAUUUGUUGCGCAUUGGAGGUGAAAAUCUCGAGUGCUGUUUUGCAUAGGCCCUUUUGCAGUUCAAUGUUACAUUUGAUUGCAUUUCAUCAAAUACCUUCCUAAACUGGAAUAGUUGAAACCAACUCAAAUUUCUUAUUUAUAGCGUAUAACAGGAGCGGUGUUAAGUCCCACUAUGAG